AUGUCACAUCACGGUUCAGAUCCUGACCUUCAUCGAGCCAUCUCUCUUCGGCCCAGUCCAUUCCAUGCGCAUCCUGAGCCCUCGACUCGGCUAAAUCAACUUCCGGCAGGAGUGCUUCCUGUCCUUCCCUUGCCGCAGGACAAAGGCGGUGCUUCUACCUCGUACGAGGUCAACGAGUCUCAUGACCCUGUCUCACGCCCUGCCCAUGCUCGUAACCCCAGUGAGGCCGAAGAUGUAGAAGGUCAGGCUCUCCCAAGCUAUACCUCGGAGAAUGACCCCUUGGACCUGUCGAGCCGCAUCAAGAGUACAACACAGCUGGAUGCCAUGCAAGCCAACACGUCUAGGAGACGUCAAGGUGCUAAGGAUCGCCUCUGUGCGCCCAUCACUCAUACCAAAGAUGUCGUCCAGCUGCGCAAAGUCCGCGGCUUCUACGAAGGUCAGAACGAGGCCAUCGAAAGGAUGCUGAAACCAGUCGACGACCACAGAAGGGAAGCCAAGGAAGAAGCUGGUGCCGAAAAUCUACAGUACAAGAUUGCUGUCUACGGUUCGUUUGCUGCGAAUGUGAUCCUCGCCGGUCUUCAGAUGUACGGCGCCGUCUCUUCUGGCUCCUUGUCUCUCUUCACCACCACUGCCGACGCCGUCUUUGACCCAUUGGCCAAUGCUACCUUGCUCCUCUGCAACCGGGCCGUCAACCGUGUCGAUGCUCGCAAAUACCCUGCCGGAAAAGCCCGUAUCGAGACUGCGGGGGCAAUUGCCCUAUCGUGUCUUGUCGCUUUCCUGUGGCUUCGCACCGCUUACUCUGAGUUCCAGCUUCUUAUUGGCGUCGCUGCACCUACUCACAUUCUGCAAUGGAUCACAUACAUCUCCAUGACUCACAGUCCAGCUAUCGUUAGUCUGGACACAGUCAGAGCCUGGUAUUCUGGCCCUCGCAUUACAGUGGAAGUGGACAUCGUCCUUCAUCCUGACAUGACUCUCAAAGAAACCCACGACAUUGCAGAGGACUUGCAGAAUAAGCUCGAAGGUCUUCCCGAUGUCGAAAGAGCCUACGUCCACAGCGACUACGAGACUGAGCACAGAGCGGAGCACUUCCUGAAGAAGGAACUGUGA